CAUGCGCUCCUCUACAGAACAAAUUUCUCGUGAUGAUCAUAAGAAGCAGAACUGUUGUCUCAUGGAUAAAUGUCUAAAAUAUUAGGGUAUUUGGUCGUUUGUGGAACUAAAAAUGGAACAACCGAAAGUAUCAACGUCUAGGCUGUUCGUAACAUCCAUAAUUGAGAGUAAAAGAGAUGAAAUUGAAGAGAAAUUGGAACAAGGUUACCAGACGUUGCAUGGCUUGGUGUCCGGUCUCUCGGAGAAAGAGGCUCAUGACGCACUGAACAUCGCUGUCAGCAGAGACAAAGCCCACGAGGAGGCUGUGACCCUAGGCUUGCUCUGUGUCAUCCUGUCGGAACCUCAGCAUGCUACAAAGAGUUUCCGAGACCUGACAUUGGUGACGCGCGACGGUCUGCAGCUGGUGAUGAUGUGCCUCUCGCAGCUGGCUGUGGAGAAGUGGUUGCGGAUGGCUGACGUGGCGCGCUCCCAGUUGUUGUGGCUAUUGCGUGAGCUGAUACGAACGGGUGCGGCAGGCGUGGACAAUGUCUGUUAUAACCUCAUGCGGCACGCGGCUGGCGGCGAUGUUUCACCCAGAAACAUUGCGCUUGUCGAUUACAUGUUGGAUACCUUCAUAGAGAACAGAACGUGGUUGGAAAAACAUCCGGUCCUGUUGUCGUCGAUGGUUUACAAUUACUUAAGACUAAUAGAGGACCACUCGGCCCCGCAGUUCACGAUGCUACGUCAGAAGGAAACCAGUUUCGUGGUGGGGCUGCUGCGAGACCGGUUUUCUGACUGUAUGGUGAUUGGGCGUGACCUUGUACGAUUGCUGCAGAAUGUUGCACGGAUACCUGAGAUAGAGCUGCUGUGGCGAGACAUUCUCAACAACCCCAAGUCUCUGUGUCCCUCGUUCACAGGUGUCCUACAACUGUUGCAGGCGCGCACGUCGCGCCGCUUCCUGCAGGGCCGACUCACACCGGAGAUGGAGCGCAAGGUGGUGUUCCUUACGUCACACGUGCGGUUUGGCCAGCACAAGCGCUACCAGGACUGGUUCCAGAAACAGUAUCUUGCCACGCCUGAGUCACAAACACUGCGCAUUGACCUGAUCCGCUUUAUCGUUGGAGUUAUCCAUCCCACCAACGAGCUGCUGUGCUCUGACAUCAUCCCGCGGUGGGCAAUCAUUGGCUGGCUACUGACCUCGUGCACCAGCAACGUGGCGGCCGCCAACGCCAAGCUGGCGCUCUUCUACGAUUGGCUGUUCUUCGACACAGAGCGCGAUAACAUUAUGAAUAUUGAGCCAGCAAUUCUUGUAAUGCAUCAUUCCAUGAGAUCUCACCCUGUAGUUACGGCUACAUUGCUAGAUUUCCUGUGUAGGAUAAUACCCAACUUCUAUCCACCACUGAGCGAAAAGGUGCGACAGGGUAUCUACGCGUCGUUACGCCACAUCAUGGAGAAGCGAGUGUUGUCGACACUCUACACUCUGUUCGACCACAGUCGGCUCGACAAGGAGCUGAGAGUCAUGGUUCGGGAGACAUUCCAGGAGUUCUGUUACCCGCACCCUAGUCUCGAAGGAGUAAAGUUGGAGGAGAGCAAAGAAGAAAUGGUAAAUCACCUGGGAGAAGGGGUGGGGGUGGGGAUGGCCGUUGGUGGGGUAACCAAUCACCACAGUCCGAGCGAGCCGACCUUCAGCGACGAGGAGGGUGAGGCCUCGAUCCGACCACACGGGGAGGAGGAAGAUGAUGACGACAUUCCACUUGAAUAUAACAACACAUCAUGUCACUUCAAACAAAAUACGUACCGCCAUGAAAGGAUCAGGGCUAUCCUUGUACACCUCUACUGUAGACCAGCCUUACCUUACCUUCCUUGUUCCUUUCCUGUCCUACCUGACUGCAGAGCAAAGGUGAAGUUAAAAGGAAGUCCAUUGCCAGAUGAGUGGAAGGAUGAUGACGACGAGGUAGUGAAGAACCUGGAGGGGCCGUUCCGUGAUGCCAUCGAGAGGCUACAGGCCGAGACUGACAAUGAGGCUAAGUGCGAGGCGAUGGAGAGGAUAGUCCAGCUUGUGAUACAGGACGAUGAGGUGGACAGUGAUACGUUGACGACAGUGGGGCAGUGUUUGUGCGCGGUGUUGAGGCACACGUGGACUACAAGAGUGUUUCCGGAGACAGUGACCGAGGAUAGUAUAGAGGACAGUAUAGGACGGCCGCUGUUUGUGCUGUUUCGUAAUUUGGCGGAGUUGAGCGAGGACGACUCGAGACGACUACCACUGCUGACAGUGCUUAGCGAGAUGUACAGUCGGUGUCAGCGGAUCGGUUAUCUGUUACUCUAUUACCUGCAGGCCAGCACGCUGGGCGAUGACGAAGGAGGUAAAAUCGGAAGUAACGGUAAAUCUCAGGUGUUCAAAGAGCUGUGCGAGACACAAGACAGAGAACUGGAGGCUGGACUUCUAGCAGAUCUAAAGCUGUGUCAAGAAGAAGAUGUGAACCUGUUGUGUUGGCUGCUUCCUGCGGUCUACACACAGUUCCCUCAAGUCGCAGUUGGCAACACUGCUCUGUUACACCUGGUGGUGUCCACUGUUGAUGCCAGGCAACUACAGGAACUCGUCUGUAGGGUUGUCCAAAGGUACCUAAAAGUGAUAACUUUACUUAUUACAGACAGUGAGACAAUGAUUUUGAUGUUAGUCAAGCAAGUUGCUUCGAGCACAAUAAUUUGAACACUUUUUAUGGCU